GCUUUUUGGAAUCAUUGGAGUGUUGCGUGAGAAUGUAAUAUUGAUACGCAUUUUUUACGUAUCGCUCAUCGCAUUCCUCACAGUCAAGCUAUGCACGGUCGCGUUUGUGUUUGUCUUCGCUGGAACUGCCAGGUCUAUUAUCGUGAAUUCUAUCAAUGACCAAGUGAUCACCAGCUACCGAGCCAAUACGGACAUCGAAACGACUAUGGACUAUUUGCAAGACACGUUUCAGUGCUGCGGGCUCAGGGAAGAUGGCUUCAAAGACUGGUCUAGGAGUGUCUACUUUAACUGCUCGGAGGAAAGCCCGAGUGCGGAGCGCUGCGGCGUCCCCUGGUCCUGCUGCAGAAACGGAACUGGCGUAGAUAACCCGCUCUGUGGACGCAACAUGCAAAAACUAGACCGCAACAUCGCCAGCAGAACGAUCUUCACAAGAGGCUGUCUUCUGGCGGUGCAGUUCUGGGCGAGAAACCACGCCAUUUUUGUCGGAAUCCUUCUUUUGCUCGAAACAUUCGUGCUAGUGGUGUUGAUCUUCCAGUGCAUUCACAUGGUGAACGAAUUGCAAAUGAUGGCGGGUGUGUAUCGCGGGCCGUGGUGGCAAUGGGUCGGUAAACCCAGGCCUCCGAGAGAGCCACCAGUCUGUCGGCAGCCGGACGGCUCAGCACCAGCGCCAGUCCAUGUCAUCGAGGCUCCAGAACCUUACAUCCUUAAGCCGGAGCAGAUGAAGCCGCGCUACAUCAGGGUGCAGUCGUUCGACCACGGCCGACAUCGGGCCGGCUCGGAGGCCGACGGCCCAUUCGAUCUGGUGCUGGCCUGGAACGAGCUGCUACCCGAGCCGGGGUCGACCGAGCAGCGACGCCGGUCGUCCGCUCGCAGCGUGCUGCGCAACUUCCGCGGUCGCGCCUCCCAGCUGAUGAAGAAGAAGCACACCGCCCAGACCCUGCCGAUGCCGCCGAGCAAGCUGCAGUGUGACACGGACCAGGGGCAAGGUCAGGCCGAGCCCAGAGAAGCCGGAGGCGACCUGGCGAAACUGGGUGGUCAAGUUGAGGCCGGGGCUGGACCGAGCCGAACCGAAAGCGGCCUGACUACACCGAGCGAAACCGGGGAAAAUUACGCUGGUGUACGCACAACAGGAGGAGAUCCGGCUGGACUAAACAGCAUGGAAGGAGGGCUUGAACAAGAAGUUCAGAACACCAUGCCUCCAGUUACUCUCGACAAGGAACAGAUACGCAUUGAAUCCCCAACAGCAAAACAUCGUAUUUCGUCAAUAUUUCCGGAUAUUCAUUCAGACUUGAACGGAACAGCGGAAGACACCGGGCCAAAGCGAGAAGCAUCCGACGGGGAACGCGUUCAGUCAAGUGUUUCCGACAUUUCCAACAUACCAGUCAGUUCGCCAGAUGCUGUGACAGAGCACAAGUCAGCCGAAAGUGCCACUAGUGUGUCGCCGCCACAUGACCCUUUGGCCGACCAUGACGCAGUGUCUUUGCCAGAACCUGGUGGCAGCACGUCUGCAGAGCCAACUGUUGACCAUGAAGCUGACGCGCCAGCCCAUACAAUUGAAAUACCAAGAAAGACACCCAAAAGCGCUCGAAAAUCCAAAAUGCACAGGCACAAGCACAAAAAACGCACGAGUCAGUCCGGACGGCAGCUCCCAUCCAAGAGGGGAUCAUCUUGGUCGACUACAUCUACUGACGAUGUCGACGUUGUUGCUCACAGUCUAGAACGCAUCGUGACGGGUCCAACUAUCCAGCCAAGUCAGAUACCUGACGAGUCAAAUCUGGCCACGCCGGCAAAGCCAAGUGAAGACGGGUCACGUGGCUCAAACGAUGUUACACAUGAAGAGCAGAGUCCUACUACGGCUGCAGAGCAGGGUCAGGCCAGACCUACUGAGGCCGGUCAAGACGUGCAUACCGAGCAGGGCCAAGCCAGACCUACUGGAGUCGGUCAAGGCGUGCCUACCGAGCAGGGCCAGGCCAGACCUACUGGAGCCAGUCAGGGCAUGCCCUACCGAGCAAGGCCAGGCCGGACCUACUGGAGCCAGUCAGGGCAUGCCCACCGAGCAAGGCCAGGCCGGACCUACUGGAGCCAGUCAGGGCAUGCCUACCGAGCAAGGCCAGGCCAGACCUACUGGAGCCAGUCAGGGCAUGCCUACCGAGCAAGGCCAGACCGGACCUACUGGAGCGAGUCAGGGCAUGUCUAUCGAGCAAGGCCAGGCCGGACCUACUGGAGCCAGUCAGGGCAUGCGUACCGAGCAAGGCCAGGCCGGACCUACUGGAGCCAGUCAGGGCAUGCCUACCGAGCAAGGCCAGGCCAGACCUACUGGAGCCAGUCAGGGCAUGCCUACCGAGCAAGGCCAGGCCGGACCUACUGGAGCGAGUCAGGGCAUGCCUACCGAGCAAGGCCAGGCCAGACCUACUGAAGCCAGCCACGGCAUAUCUGCCGAGCAGAGUCAGGUCAGACCGGCCAAAAGUCGGGGACAGCCGGCCAAGUCAAGUCAAGUCGUCCCUGCCGGACAGAAUCAGGUGGCGCCACCUACGUUGUCAGCUGAAAGUAGAUCUGCCGGGCAGAACCAGGUGGCGCCAUCUAUGCCGCCAGGUAAAGUCGAUGAGGAGCAGGCGGAAAAGCGUGCAUUGCCGUCCUGGUUAAAUGAGGACGAGGCCAGCCCCCGAAAGCCCCCGGCGCCGGAGCUGUCGGCCGAGUCGGCCGACCGCCGCGGUGACGGUGGCUCAGUGGCCAAGGCCGUGUCGAUGGAGCUGAAGAGCAUGCUGCGUGGUCCGGAGGCGGACCGAGUCCCUGACGAGCCGGAGCGGUACGUGCCGUCUCGGGCGAGGUCGUCCGGCGCCCCGACCGGGGAGGCGGGCGGAGUGGGGCCGGGUCCGCAGCAGCAGAAGCAGCAGCAAUAG